CAAAAUCGGAUGCCAUUUUCAGGCAACCAUGCACUCCUUCCCACUGCAACGAACAACGACAUAGCCAUUAACCCGGAGAAUGAUACAGCUGAUGCUAGCUGGCCAUGCACUGUCUGUCUAACCUUGCAGGGCCUCUGUCACGGAGUAAACCAACAAGAGAAAACCAAAGUCCCUACGAAGCUGCGCUGUCCACGCCGGGCGCUCCAUGAAAGCGGGUUGUAAAUGAUUUUGCUGAACGCAAGUCUCGCCUGAUGCCUUUCAAACGAGGCAAGGAAAACGACGAACUGGACGAGGUGGCCGUCAGCCUGGACAAAAACCGAUUCAUGGACGAGUUCUUUGAGCAGGUGGAGGAGAUCCGUGGUUUCAUCGACUCCCUCGCUGAGAAGGUGGAGGAGGUGAAGAGGAAACACAGCGCCAUUCUUGCUGCACCCAACCCCGAUGAAAAAACGAAGGCGGACCUGGAACAGCUGAUGACAGACAUCAAGAAACUGGCCAAUAAAGUCCGCUCCAAGUUAAAGAGUAUCGAGCAGUCCAUUGAGCACGAGGAAGGCUUGAAUAGGCCUUCUGCAGACCUGAGGAUACGCAAGACACAGCAUUCCACCCUGUCCCGCAAGUUUGUGGAAGUGAUGUCGGAGUACAACGCCACGCAGUCGGACUACCGGGAGCGGUGCAAGGGCCGGAUCCAGCGGCAGCUGGAGAUCACCGGCAGGAACACGACCAACGAGGAGCUGGAGAGCAUGCUGGAGAGUGACAACCCUGCCAUCUUCACCUCGGGGAUCAUCAUGGACUCCAAUAUCACCCAGCAGGCCAUGAACGAGAUCGAGACCCGGCACACCGAGAUCAUCAAGCUGGAGAACAGCAUUCGCGAGCUGCACGACAUGUUCAUGGACAUGGCCAUGCUGGUGGAGAGCCAGGGGGAGAUGAUCGACCGCAUCGAGUACAACGUGGAGCACUCCGUGGACUACGUGGAGCGGGCGGUGUCCGACACCAAGAAGGCGGUGAAGUACCAGAGUAAAGCGCGGAGGCACAAAGAUCUGUACCAGCUGCUGUUUCAGUGGAAACUCUACCUGGUUAUCGGGACACCAGGAUGCCCAGGAUGGCGAAUGCUGUCGUCCCAGGAGCCGUGGGCACUGCCAGCGGUACCCCCCCGCGCCCGGUGCGGCGGUGCGUCGCUGUAAAUUGACGGGAGUGUGCGUUAGCGGUCCCGCGGUCACCCGUUCAGCGGCUCCCCCUGUCGGGCAGAUUUACGGCCCCACAAGCCCCCCCCCGCGUGGCUUCCGGGGACCCGAGGGAUUUCACCCCCGCCCUCACCCCCAGCGACCCUCUGACCCCUACGGUCCCCGUAGUAACAGUCAAUGCCCCAGCCUGACAGGGAAACAGACAGGCCUGCUGUCAGCGCGGCUGUGAUCUAUGCUGCCGACGGUUCAUUGGCCCUUAAUGACAUAAUAACCUCCCUGGAGAGACCGCACAAGGGAGGGUUAGAAACAGGAGGGACACACAAUAAAUAUACAUUUGGAGGUUUUUUUAUUCAUCAGCAGGCUACAAACACGUGCCUGCCUCUUUUUCCCAGCAUGCACUAUGGCAUUUUGCACAGUAGUCGCAACCCUAACUCGCCGCGCUUGGAGGGCAUCCGGUGCAGUCUGUCUCUCCUUUUAGUUUCCCCUGAACCCAGAGGGAUCUCCUGGGCCGUCUCUCUCCCCAUUUCCCCUGUUUCCCCUGGCCACAGGGCCUCAGCUAGCCCGACACCGCGCCGCCUCCUCUCUCGGUGCGUGCCUGUAUCUACGGCGACCCGCCGUCUCCACGGCGAUGUCGUGCGGGUUAGCGCUCGGGACGGGAUCUGUUCUUCCUCCCUGACAAGCAGCUGUGUGACCAACAGCUGCGCUGUCGCUUCACCUUCACCACAGCUGAGGGGAGAGGACCGUAAACCCUGUGGCAGGUUUCCAAAGUCGCAAAGUCCUGUGCCAGGUUUCAGCGAGUCAGUUUUGGGGCCUACCGCGCUGAUAUGACAGUUCCUACAGUGUGUCUUCAGGGAUUUACCCAUUCUGUGUGGCACUUUUGCUUCAAGACUACGGCUCAGGUGACAUUUCGGGAGCUGGUGUUCGGUGGAACACUUUGGUUCGAUCGUGGUGGGUUUUAAUGGAGAAUACACUCUCUGAUGUCAGACAAUUACUUCAAACGGGUUCUGUGAGAUCCUUUGAUCCCGUGAAUUGUACCUUGAAAGUAAAGCUCUUUCGUGUCAUUCAAAACUGGUAGGAACUGCAGUGAGAAGGCUUGUUAAUUCCUGCCACACCCGCUCAACGGAACGUCUCGGAAUGCCUCAGCAGUGGACGGCUUUAAUAAUAUUCCGGAUUUCUGCAUGCUUUUACGUGUACUUACAGUGUACUGCAUGUGAUAGCUUGCAUGCUUGCACCCUUCCUUUUGUGAACGCAUGCUGUUAUCGAACCUGAAUUAAAUGUCUUAAGUUUAACCUGGAGCCAAAUGGGUUAAAAAAAGGGCCAACAGCAAUUAAGAUGCCUGUAUCAAUGUCUCAGGCCCCGUCACUUCCCAGCGAGCUUAAAUCCAGGAUAGCUCACCCUCCACACCGAUUGGCUAGACAACGCAUUUCAGACAGAUCGCCAGUAAUGUCCAUUAGUGCUUGCAGUGCGACAAUCGGUCCAUUAAAGUUACGUAUUUUUGGCAUGCUCUGACAUCGUUGUAAAGUCUUUGCUUUACUUGUACUGGGCAGGGUUGGAUAUGAACGACGGCCUCGGCUUUUGUCCGUGGCGUUAUAAUUGGUGCAUCAAUGCCACUACAUCCCUGAAUUCCCUGAAGUCUAAUUAGUGGCCACUGCUGUCUCCCAGGGCGCGUGUCCUUUGGCAAAUGGCCUUUAUGUGUGAAUGUGCGAAGAGACACACUCUUUAAAUUGGCACUCAGCGUACCGUCGGAUCUAUCAAGUGAUGAAACACUGUUUGAAUAGCGAGGGAGUUUCCGUUAUGUACUCUGGAAUGAACGUUGCGCGAAUAAAAGUUCCUUUUUAUUACGCGAGCCUGUUGUUGCACUGUUACACCUGCAUUCGAAUGUUUUUCUUUUCUUUUCUUUUUCACAAAUUUCUUCACAAGCAAAAUUUUUGAGAUGAACAGUCAUUUUUUUAACUUAUUUUUCCUUUCUUCUUUUCAUGCUGCCUGGAAUCCCGUAAAAUGUUUAAAAUUCUACUUGAUGUCAUGUUUUCUGUUUGACUGUGCAGAAGAAAAUCAUGAUCAUUAUAUGCUGUGUGAUUCUGGGAAUAGUAAUUGCAGCCACCGUUGGUGGAACUCUGGCUUAGGAUACACAACAGCUCCAGCAGUGACGCACAUACUGUAACACACACACACACACACACACGCACGCACACACACACACAUAAACACAGUACAGUGCAGUAUACACACAAGCAUACACAGACGCACACAAAGACACAUUCACACGUGGACACACCCACACACCCAAGGCAUUCCUGCAGAAAGCAUAUUGCAUACCAACAAAGUGAGAGUGUCUAAGGAAGACAUAUUUCUUAUGCAUGAGUUCCUUUUUUUGUAAAUGUGUGGUUCUGCGAUGUGUUUACCUGGGUGUUGAAUGUUAUAUGACAAAAGUUUUAAAAACUUCUUGUUUUUUUUUGUUUUUUUUUUUUGUUUUUUGUUUUUUUGAGGUCCAAUGUGAAAAAGGGGAGGGGUCAUUGGUGAUCUCGAAAAUGAUACUGUUGCACACACAUUCCGACUUGAAAAUUUUCUUUUUUUAUGUCAAAUAAAUAGCCUUUAUUUACAGUACUAAUCAUCUCUUAGAUGAGUCAAGUGAGGAAGGUAUGCUGUGUACACACUUAUCGAGAGAUAUACAGACACUGCGAUGAUAAGUGUUUUAUUAGAGGAAGAUAACCAUCGCUAGACUCGUGUGUUAACCUCUGAAAAGGAGAGUUCAAAUUAGCGCAGUCGAAGCAUAUCAACCUACCUGGCUGCCCCCUUCUCACCCCUUGACGUGCAGUAUGUCUAAACGUAACGUUUGCAUGAUUUUCUUCAAGAUAUAACAUUGUUCGGUGGAACAAAAAAGUUGUGACGGAACUUGUAUUUUAAUCCUUGCUUUAAAAAAAAAAAAAAAAAAACCAGCCCGAACUGCCACUUCACAGAAGGGCUGCAUCUCAGUCAGUAUUACCACGUCCAUCUCAGUCCCGCGCCUGGCCACUGCUCAUUCCGACCAGCUCUUCGCCAACAGCGUCUUCUCCCAUUCUCCAUCUUAUUUCCGACUGUGUACGUGCGCGCGUGUUUUUCAGUCUGUCCGUCUCUCUGUCCGUGUCCGCGUGUUCGUCCGCACGUUUGCGUGCAUGCAGUGAUUGCGCUUGCACACGAACAUCUUAUCAAAACCACACUGCCACUUGUGUCUCUGCCGUGUUGAGAGAAAAGAAGAAGACAAAAAAACAUUCUUCCUUCUCACCGGAGCAAUGACACCACGGAAUCGAUUGGAUUCCCUGAAUGACAUCACAGCCUGAAAAGAUGGAAAAACUUAAAAUGGAAACUGCCAUACUGCAGUUUUAGAGUCCUUUAGAGCCGGUUACAUUGCCCUGCGAUGAUAACAAUACCCUUAAAUGAUUUUGUUUACCUGAUUGUGCAUUGAGAUGCACGUUUGCAGUUUGCUCAGUUCGGUCCGUGCGCGGACAUACUGGACCAUUGCGAGCAGGGGCCUUAGCAACCACGUCAAUUAGCCGUCAGACUUUAAUACAUUCCAAAAAAAUAUAUAUUUGCUGGGUUUGAAAGGGAAGUAAACAAUACAAACAACAGCCAUGUUGCCUACUCAAAUUGUUGCCUCUGUGUUGUAUGAUGCUGUCUUUUUUGUGAAAAAAAAGGGGGGGGGAUAUUGUAUACCAGACGUGUACCAGACCAGACAUAUACCAGAUGUGCCAUAUUCUGUAUAGGCUUUUUAACAUAGGCCAGUGCUCUCUCUGGUCAUCCCAUCCCAUGUGAUGGUAGAACUGGCUCCAUUUCAGGUUUAGCUUGGACCUUAUUGGGGGUGGUGGGUGGGAAGGGGAAGGGAAAGGGAAAGGGGGAGGGGGGGCGGUUCACAUUUGAGAAAUAUCAUCUAGGAGUUACAGGGGUAUGCAGGGUGCGGCUAGCGUCUGUGGAGGUCAAAGUGCAUCCCAAAGACCUCCCAGUCACCCAGUGGAACAGGCCUGUGAAAUCCCUGGCCCCCCUGGCAUACCCCCUCUUCCCGAAUCGAAAGCUUAGCCGUUGAUGCUACACACUUCCUUCCCAUGGGGCCGUGCGGCUGAACAAAAACAAAAGCCCUUCGCAUGUGCAGCCGAUCCGGAGUGAAACGGUGUCGUCCUUCUUUCGUAACGUGCUGUGGGUUAGGAGUGCGUUUUUUCGUUUGUUUGUUUUUUUUCUUUUUUUUUUUGUUAAUUAAAAAUAUAUAAACUCUUCCCGUUUUUUUGUUUUCUGGUCUUUUUGUGGGUUAUUUCUUUCCGUUUUUUUAGUACCAAAGUAUUCUGGUGAAAACUAUGGACGAGUCCCGUGUUUUUUUUUGUACGGGUUCAUGUUAAUGGCGUGCAUCGAUUUUGUUUUAUAUGUGAAAUUUUGAAGCUGUCUUUGAAGUCGUGCUCCUCUUUACUGUUCCAUUGCGCACAUUUACCCACUCCUCUCCAGUCUUAGGGAGCAGUAGUCUAGCCAGUCCUGUGGUUCUGAGCGUAGUGUGUAGUGGCAAGAGCCUGUGUGUGUGUGUGUGUGUGUGUGUGUGUGUGUGUGUGUGUGUGAGUCAAACAGUUACCCCCCCUCAACUCCCUGUAGCAAUACACAGCUUGAGUGCUGUACCUGUACAGGUGUGAUACGAGGAACUGACGUCUGUUGUACACUGAGCUCUGCCGAGAGGCCCAGAGCUUGUGUCGCAGUUAAGACCUGGGAACCUGCAUGAUGACAUUAUGGGUAGGUGAUGAGGAAAGAUUACUAAAAACAAAAUGGAUUCCCAUUUUCCAUUGGUUGGAGAUUAUUGUGCUAUGCAUUAGCAUUCGAUGAAAAAACGAAUAAGUAAUUAGUAAAUAAAUGUGUGUGGUCGGGUGGCUGAAGAGAUGUUUCCCCCCUUCCAAAGCUUUUGUUAUAGAAAAGUAAUAAACUGCUAAUAAUGUGAAAGUCAAAACAAAAUGUCUGAAUCCAUUGAAUUGGUUGACUUGACAGAUUUAUGUAGCCCUAUUUAACUGUGGUGUUUCUGUCAGGGCAUUUAUUAGGUGAACUAAAUUGUACUGUCCCUGUUUUUGUAGCUGUCAGUUUACCCCAACUGUUUUAAUUUCUCAAUUAAGUGUGGUGAAACAAUAUAUGGGAGGGGAAGCUUCCUGCCAGUUACUUCUGGAAGUAAAGUGGUGGGAACUAUUUAUGGUAUCAGAUGGUUUUCACACUGUUCAUCUUUGCCAGUGUCACCAUUGAAAAACUGAGAAACAGGACCUACAUUGAUAAAGUAUCUUGGAUCAAGUUUAGCCUCUUAGCUCAUGUGCGAGAAGACAGACCUGGGGAAACCAGGUACUAGACCAGCACUCUUGAUAUCCACAAUGGACACGACCUCUGACCCUUGUCUGAGUACAGACCUCAAUUACAGUGCUCAGCUAUCGGCCACUGGUACGUCCUUACCACAGAUUGCAUAGUUAUUUAAAGUAGGCCUGAGUUCUAAAUGUGUGGCAUUAGAGCACCAAUUCUGUUGUUUUAUUUAUUUUAUUAUUAAUUUAUUGACCUUCAUUUAACGAGGAGGUCCCAUUGCUAGCUAAACCUUUCUUGCAAGGGAGCCAUACAGAGUUGAUCUAGUAGGUUAUAUAUUGAAUUAUAGAUUUGUGUACCAGGGCCGCUGUUUGGAGUAACAGCAAUUAGUCAAUACACCAUCUGGAAUUACAACAGUGCAGUCUAAACUACAGGAAUGGACGAAGGCACAGAUUUAAAACAGGACAUCGCUUCACUUAGCACUUCCUGUUUCUGAAUAUAAGGUUUCUGAAUAUAACAAAAUAUGUGCUUGCAAAACCAUAUCGUACCGUGGACACAGCAUGUUUCAAUUAGACUGAAGCAGGGAUCGAGUGUGAAUAAUGAGUGGUGCUAUAUGUACAAGGCUCUUACCCGGAUACCUGUACUAAUUCAUCCCGACCUGUACUAAGUAACUGUCUCUGUGCAGAAAAUGCUAGAACCCCAUUUAUUCUUCCAGUUCAUUGUGAUGGGAGGUUUGUUUUUUUUUUUGCUAUGUAGGUUAAGAAAGUACACAAUAUAUAACUUAAUAUAAGCAUUCAUGUAAUAUUGUCCUGUGUAACAUCACUUUUUUCAGACCUAAAUGACCGAAAAGGUUUCGGUCAGCCCCAAAUUAAUAGCCUGUUCACAUGUGUCAUCCUCACCAGUUGCCGUUCCCUGGCCUGACUUUUGGGUUUUGUCUGUGUUACCCCCAAACCAAAGAUAUACCAGAGCCCUGUCUUAGAUGAAACCAGUUAUGUACUCCACACAUAUUUGUAUAGGUUGUAUAGAGCAGUUCUUCAAAAGCUGUGAGGCUUUCACUUAAGUCUUCUUUUCCACUAAACAAUGGCAAAGUAACUGCCCUAGAUCGGGAGGAAACAGCAUUUCCAUGCCCCAUACGAUGUGUGUAAAUACAUUCAUAUGUUCUAACAUACUGUAGGAAGUGCCAAACCACUACAGUUCACGUUUAAUUUUUAAAGAAUAUUAUAACUCGAUAGUUUUUGGGCGAUUACAGUGUACAACUUUGUUAUUCUGAUUUUUAUUUUUAAUAAUGGCUGAGUAUUACAGUUUCAAAAAGCUUAUGCAAUUUUAAACGGUAAAACAUGUCUGUAAAAAAAAAAAAAAACUGAACUGUUGUUGAAAAUAAAUAAAAUUGUAAAGACA